UUCAUUUAGUACAUUUUUCGUACGUUCUUAUUUCAGUGAUGGCAACAGGAUACUGACAGUCAUGGCGAAUUCCCGUGCGAAGAAUCGGGAUUGACUGCCAUAUAUGAUUUGUGAUUCAUCUUUUUCCGCCUUGCAUCACAGACCGUACCAGGCUCAUGCAUUUUAAAUAUACAGGGCGCUUGCAUGUAGUGUACAUGUCUGCACAUAAAAUGACUACACUAAGUGAGAGGACAACGUUGAUGCCACUGGAUAUAUCGAGGGAUGAUGCUCGAUAAACUGGAUUUAUUCCCGUCGAAGAUAAGAUGUGUAUCGGUGUGGCGUGUGGGAAAAUAUAUUUGGCUUCAGUCGAGAUUUCAGCAAGAAAAUGAAGAUUGGGGAAAGGCGUCUUGUCCUGUAGCGCAUGCCAAUCGUUAUUUACAAAUAUAAAUCGGCGCACGAGAUAAUGACACUGACGCUGUGUCUCAGGUCCCCAAGAACCUCAAGACCCCAAAACAGAGUAUAAAUAGAGUCAUUUUUGCCAGUGAACUGUGUUUGAUUUAGUCACAGUGUCAUGGGAAUAUACUGCUAAGGCUUGGCCUAGCUUUAUGGAAAACCCGAAGACAUGACAUGCACACGAAAAAAGAGGAAACGAUAUUUUUGGUUUUUUAAAACCUGUAGCCUAUGUACGUAAGAAACCAGAACGUGGCAUAAGGUUCAGACCGUUCGACAAAAAGACUUUACGUGGAAAGAGGACGUCGAGGUUCAUCUUGGAUUACAAUCUGGAUUCAUGUGCGAUUCCUUGAACGCGUUGUGUCGGGUCGGGGGAAAAAUUCCCCACCUUAUUUUUGUGUGUUUUUAUUUUAUUAUUAUUUUUAUUUAUUUGCAACAAGCUCCCGUUAAGGCAUACAGUCGCCACAAGAUCCAUUGUCUGGAGGAAGAUCGAGCAUUCUAGGAGUGGAGGCCAAGAGAGGUGGUACCUUUGAAGGGAAGUUCCAAAGAGAAGCGUGCAAAAUGGGGCAAUGCAGAUCAAGCUUCUCUCCUUCUAUUUGAGACAACAACAAAAGGCAACCACGAGGACGGAGGACAGCUCAGCCGGAGGAGGCGGAGGUGGAGGAGAGAGUGGAGGAAGUGGGGGAAAAGGAGGAGUUGGUUUUGGAGGAGAAGGCAGAGGCGUGCAAUCAAAGCAGCAAAAGAGAUGGCCAACGGAAAUGCGAGCAGCGAUGGGCCUGGAAACCCUUUGGCAGCCAUAGUGUCUACUACAGGUGGCAUGAUGGGUGGAGCGUCUUCCUCUGCUGUGUCUACCUAUGUUAAACUUGUCCUUUUGGGGCUGAUCAUCUGCAUCAGCCUGGUAGGCAACUUAGUGGUGUCUCUGCUGGUGCUACGGGACCGAGCGCUUCACAAGGCACCUUACUACUUUCUUCUGGACCUCUGCCUUGCCGACACCAUUCGUUCGGCGGUCUGCUUUCCCUUCGUGCUGGUAUCCAUCAAGAACGGCUCUGCUUGGACUUAUAGCGUGCUCAGCUGCAAGGUGGUGGCCUUCAUGGCUGUACUCUUCUGCUUCCAUGCUGCCUUUAUGCUGUUCUGCAUUAGCGUCACACGUUACAUGGCCAUCGCCCACCACCGAUUCUACUCUAAGCGAAUGACCUUCUGGACCUGUGUUGCGGUGGUCUGUAUGGUCUGGACACUGUCGGUUGCCAUGGCGUUCCCACCCGUCUUCGACGUGGGCACCUACAAGUUUAUCCGUGAAGAGGACCAGUGCAUCUUUGAGCAUCGCUAUUUCAAGGCCAAUGAUACGUUAGGCUUCAUGCUGAUGCUGGCUGUGCUAAUCCUGGCCACUCAUGUGGUCUACAUGAAGCUCCUGCUGUUUGAAUACAAGCACCGGAAGAUGAAGCCGGUCCAGAUGGUUCCAGCCAUCAGCCAAAACUGGACCUUUCACGGGCCUGGAGCCACAGGCCAGGCAGCCGCAAACUGGAUAGCAGGCUUUGGCCGUGGUCCAAUGCCUCCCACUUUACUGGGCAUCAGGCAGAACUUGCACAACCAGAACAGACGGCUGCUAGGCAUGGAGGAGUUUAAGGCCGAGAAGCAGCUUGGCAGGAUGUUCUAUGUCAUUACCUUAUUUUUCCUGGUGCUCUGGUCCCCAUACAUUGUGGCCUGUUAUUGGCGUGUCUUUGUGAAGGCGUGCACCAUCCCACUCCGGUAUUUGUCCACCACCGUGUGGAUGAGUUUCGCCCAGGCAGGCGUGAACCCUAUCAUCUGCUUUUUCCUCAACAAAGACCUGAAGAAGGGCUUGGUGGCCCACCUGCCUCCCUGUUGUAGAACUCCACCUCAAAUGCCCCGUGAGCCUUAUUGUGUAAUGUGAAGAUGAUCAUUUAUAUUGUUUUUUAUUUUUUGUUUUGUUUUUUUCUUUCAUUCUUUAUCUUCUAGAUGAUUGGAGAGUGGACAGCCUCGGGAGGGGUUUAGGAGGUCAUAGAUGAACUUAAAGAGCUGUUGUGGCCUUUGAUUCAGUUUAAGAUGUUUUAAAAUGGUGGAUGUUAAGGAAUAAGCAUCUACUUCACCUUAUAGUAAUUUUAAGAGGAAAAUGAGCUCUAUGCUAAUAUGUGAUAUGGUAAAUCAACUCUAAACAGAUUUGAAGAACCACAUGUUUUCCAUUGGGUUGCGUUAGGGUGGUAAAAACAUGACAAAUCUUGCCCUUCAGAAUUUAUCUGGUAUUUGGUAUAUUUUAUUGUGAAUGUAUGACUGCUGUAUCAAAUGGUUUCUUAAGACUAAACCCUACAAACAUUAAAUUUGGCUCAGUAUCUCUGAUGGUUUAUAAGGAACCUGAGGGCCUCGAACAAAGAUUUGCAAAAAAAAUUAUCCAUGCCUUGUGAACAGCUGCACUCUUGGCCGAAUAAUUUGUAUUAUUUGAACUAACAAUUCAAAAAUACUCAAUGUGCAUGUAUAUUACCUUAUCUUUAAGGGCAAAACAAACUUGAGAUUAAACUAUUUUUAAGAAAGCGUGCCAUGAGACAAGUAUAAGCCUAUAUAGGAAUGGUAAUCAAUGGGGGCUGACAAAAAGACAAAGUUUCUACAAUUUAUGCUAAUUGUUUGGACUGGAUCCUUCCUGUUUUCCUGUCAGGUAGGAAUGAUCAUAGAAACACAGUAUGUAUAAAAAACAACAGAGAAACUUCCAUGAAAAAUGAAGCUUGUUCCUCUCUUAAUUGAUUCAAAUGGAGAUGAGAGGAGCUGACUGAAACAUGAAUCUUUGUGAAAUGAUGCCUAUUCAGGUUUGCAGGUGCUCUUUCCUGAGUGACUUUAAUGACAUUUUUGCUGCAAUUUAUUGUGUUUAUUUAUUUGUCUCAAUUGUUUUUUAUGAUAAAGAUUUCAUUGCAUUGCACAAAAUAACUCAUGUCCUUAUCAUGUUCAGAACUGGUUCUGAAUAUGUGACCAGGCCUUUGAUAUUUAAACCAAGAAAAGUAAAUAUAUAAAAUAAAUAAAUAAGACAAUAGUACUUUGCUGUAAUUGGUCUUUUAAUAUGGAGACAACAUUUGAAUGCAAGCUUAGAUUUUGAGGAGUGGAGAUUUUAAGUGAAUGAGCGAAUAAACUUAUCAGAUAACAAUCUACGUUGGUUAAACUAACUGAUCUUUUAUCCUUCCAAAUGAUUCAGAAGACAUUGUAGAGGAGAGAUUACAUAGUCUUUUGCUUCUUGAAAUUACUUGAAUGAAAGUUUACUAGCAUAUCAAAUCAAUACAAAAUUUCAACUAUUUUAAAAUGUGGUUUAGCCUACAUAUCGAAAUAUCUUUGAGAGGAAUUAAUUAAUCCUUUCACAUAGUCAUGCCUGGUAGAUUGCAGUAGAGGGAUUUCUUUGCAUUUACGAUGCAUUACAGACUAGUAUAGGAUGAAUGGAUUUCCUGGAAAUAAGAAGUUGAUCAGGUGGCAACAAGGAAAUUAAAGUUUGUGCUGGAUUGCAGCAUGACAAAAUACAUGUAGAAUUUUGCCUCCUGUUCACCUCAUAACUCUUGAAGCAUAAAUCAAACAACAAAAAUCUUAUUUUAAGACAUUAAAUUCUUAAUUAUUCUUGUAAUGAAAUUAUGAAUGUGUUUGUGAUUAGAACAACAUGUAAGCUAUUAGAGGAAUGUUUCAAUUUACUUUACAAGUAUUCCAUCUCAUUAGGAGCAAAUUGGUUGACGUGUCAAAGAAUUUCCCUUAAUAUUUUGCACACAACUUGCACACAAGUAAUCAUUGAUCCAGUGACUUUAUUUCUCUUGCAUAUUUUGACUUGAAUCGGAAUACUGACCAAUGGAGAUUGUAAUAUUUGAAUGUUAAAGGGGGCAAAAACAUACAACAUCUGUCUGUAGGUUAGGCAUGGGAUUGGUAGGUGUGAUCAGACUUUCAUUUCUGAAACCUGUCAAUGCAAGAACAAAGCAAAACAGAAUAGCAGCAGAACAUCUAUGAUCAACAGAAAAAGAAUAAUUCUUUCUGUUAUCUGCAUUUUAUGCCUUACUCCAUUACCAAGGUUUGAUGUUACCAAUGCAAGAAUGAUUUGAAAGCUGUAUGCUUCUAAAGACACCAAUAAAUGCUACUGAAACAUAUGCUGGGGCAAACACAACACUGUGUAUAUGUGGAUUAUCAGAGGACAAGCCUGCGGGUUGUGGGUGAGAAGAUGCCAGCAUCAGCGGGGUUACUGAUUACAAAUUUGCAAAUUCUGACACACUGGAGUGUCCAAUUUUGCACAGUUCUCUGGAGAGACUUGAAUUUAAGAAAAAAAAAAAAAACGUGACACAGAGAGACAAAAUUGAUUUUCCAUGGGAUUAAAAGGAUCUUCUUGGAUUCUUAAGGAUUACUUUGAGACUUUUUCCUCUUAUUGUCUUUGGGAGGGGUGUGGGGUGGGGGCCAAUAUAUGAAUGAAGGUUCGGGUAUUGUGUAUUCACAUGUGCAUAGGAAAUUGUUUGGGUUAGUGAUGGGAUCGGGUGCAAAGGAUGUGAUUUUGUAAUGAGCAAAAAUGCCUGGUAGAACAUUUUUAGUUGCUUCAGGCAUCUUAUCUUUUGUAAAAUAACUGUGAACCUUGUGUAAUUUCAUGUUUAUUAUAUGGACAAUGCACUAACUUCAAAUGGGGGGUGGAGUGAAGGGUGGGGUUACGACCCUUGAUCGUCAUCUUUUUACCACGCAUGUGUUUGUGUGUGUGUGUGUGUGUGUGUGGUGGGUGUGUGUGUGUGUUUACAAUGAUGAGUAUGAGUGUGUCGAUGGAACUGUGUGCUCAUUACGAGUGAGCAAACAUGAAAGGUCAGAUAAACCAUCUGAUGGGAACCACUCCUGUAGUUGAUCAACUAAAAUUUUUAAAACUGUAAAGAAUAUUACUGACAAUACAAAGAGCUGAGCCUUAAAUAGGAGAUAGUGUUGGUUAAAGUCAACAUGGAAAACCAUGCUAUGGCUCAAACUUACAGUGAAGGCAUACUCCCCAUCCCCCCCCAAAUGAAAUUUAUGUCAUCAUUUAAUCACCCUCAUUUUGUUCCAAACCCAUAUGACUUUCUUUCUUACAUGGAACACAAAAGGAGAUGUUAGACAGAAUGUCAGGCUCAGUCACCAUUCACUUUCUUUGCAUCUUUUUUCCAUAUGAAAGUGGAUGAAGGCUAGCAGAUUGAAGUGGUGAUUGAAGCUAACAGUCUGUCUAACAUAUCCCUUUAUGUUCCACAGAAGAAAGAACAACAUGACAGUGAGUAGAUGAUGACAGAAUUUUUUCAUUUAUGGGUGAACUAUCCCUUUAAAGUCAUAACCAUUACAUUUGUUGUUCCUAACCAAACUAAAUAGCCCAGAAUGAAUAUACUGUCACAAUAUAUAUAUACAUCUGGAGCAUUUUACUUUUAAUGGAGUGUUUAAAUCUUGUUUACCAUAUCUUGGGAUACUGUAAACAAUCACUACAUGAAAACACUGGCUGCUUCAUUUUUUUAAUAACAUAGCUACAGAUGGAAUAGUUAUCACACACUGUUUGGCAAUCCCAGUGUUACAACGAUUGCUGAAGAUAAAUGAAUAAUUUUUAUGCAAAUAUAUCUGGUGAACAAAUGCUGAUAUUCAGAUUAUUCAUCAGAUUUUAAACGCAAAUGCAAUGAUUAUUGUUGAGCCUGUAAUUGAUCAUUCUUUUUUAUCCUGAACACUCUUUUUUUUACAAUUUAGAAAACUACAGAAUACAUUUUGUGCACAAACUAUCCCAUAUAUUUAAGUAGAAAACAUUUAAAAAUGAAAUUGCACAUGAAAAUAUCGCCAUUUUAAUUAUGCUGAUGUAAUAGAUGUAUUGAGGUCAAUCCAUGACAUCCAUUUUUAAAAGCAACUUUGCAAUAUUGUUAAACACAUUUAUAUAUUUUCUCAAAGAUUAAUUUGUCUUCAUCUGAAUGAUGCAAAUGUGACAUCAGAAAACAUUUAUGGAGUUACCAUUUGUGGAGUUACUGUACCAUUCAGACUGAGAAGACAUGCAUAAAAAUACUUCUGAAAGCUCCCUUAUACCUUGUAGUUAAAACUAAGUUAAUUAUUUUUAACAAUGGACCUGGUAUUAAGAUGACUAAAACUGUUGGACGAUUUCAUUUACUUUAGCAAACAUUUGAUUUAAAUAAAAAAUAAAAAAAUAACAUGAAUGUAUGCAAAAACUUUCACAAAAUCACUUCUAGAAAUGACGAGCUGCACAAACUCAUACAAUUAUAUAUUUUCAGAGCAAUAGACAGCAUCGAUCCACCAAAAUUCUGUCCAUAUUGAAGUUUUAGUUGAGCAACUCAGGAGUAGUUGAUUUGUGAAUGCAUGAUGUAUGAAGGGGGUAAAGCGAAAACAAAACAAAACUGAGAGAGAAAACAUGAGGCCACUUUCAGAUAUCUUGAUCUGUAAAUCAACAGGAUUUUUUUU